AUGACCAGUGGUACUGAAGAGCAAUGGGAAAGGAUUCGACAGUUGGAACAGGAGCAUGUGGAAGUAUAUAAGGAACUAUUAGUCGCGUUGGAUAAACUGUACCUGACCAGAAAACACGAUCACACAAUAGCACUGAGCUCCAGCCAACAGCGCCUCUUGGAAACAAGACACCAGCUAGAAAUUAGUCUUGAAAGAAGCGGCGUUCUUAUUAGACUGUUGGAGAAACCGGACAGUAGCAAUAUAUUAUUUACAAAACUACAGAACCUCUUAGAUGAAAGCAAUUCUCUGGAUAGCGAGCUCUUGCAGUCAUUAGGCGCACAAUCUUCAUUGCAUGAACAAUUGGCCAAAUCAAGACUACAGCGAGAUCAGCUUAUGUCAAAUCUGAUAGAGGUAUCCUCGAAGUUCCCCAAGGCAAAUCCAUUUCCAGAAGAUGGCGAUACUGCUGGAAAUCAGGUUGAGAUGGAAAAGGAGAAUGAAACCAUACAGGAAUUGAUAAUUGCUUUACAAAUACAUUCCGGGUAUACGGACAUAUCCUAUGCAAUUUAG